AUGGCUUUUGUGCACCGAUCUGGCCAUUUCUUGCCAGAUCUUUGGCUAGAAAUGGCUAUAUCGGCUCACGGAGGACAUUUUGGCCGUUUGUGCAUCAUUAGGUUAUCGGCAACUGGCACUGGUUGCCAGCAGCAGGCAGUGGCUAGUUGUGAGAGAAAAGAGCAAGACAAAAUCAAGUCGGCAAAGGAGAAGUUUAAGGGUUCAGUUUCCUCAAAGAAAAUUGAGGAGGAAGAUAAUUUACAGCUGCAAAGAAAACCUCCUGCAAGAAAGGGUAAGGAGAAGAUAGAAGUAGUGAACAGUGAAGUGGCAAAGCAAUGGUCAAAAGUGGAAUCACGUUGCCCUUUGGUGAAGCAGAGGUUCAAGAAAAUUACUAAGCCAGAAAGAGCAACAGCUGGUGUUGAUUUGAGAAGUGUGGUGAUUCAAGUACCCAAACGAUCAAGUCUAAUACCAUCUGAGGAAGACCUCAGGAGUUAUCUUGACCCCUAUGAGAAUGUUAUGUGUUCUGAUGCCACCAGGUGGGAGAUGGGCCUUAUGUUACUGUGUGAUAUCUGUGUCAUCAGCACACACCUAUUGUGUUGGCCUUGGGCGGGUUGUACCGGAUGGCAUUGGUACUGUGACGGCUGUAGACCUGUGCUUCUGGAUCUUCUAGUUUCUCCAGCUCAAGAUCCUUUACCUGAUCAAAGGGCCACAAACAACUUAGUUAAUGUUGGAGAUGUUCAGGCAGCUUCUCCAGGAUCUGGAGCAGGGGCACCAACCCCUCUGGGAGACGCUGGAUACACAUCAGGGCAGGGAAACAGUAGUUCAACCAGCAAGUGCUCAAGGAAAUACGGAGCAACUGCAUCAGACAAUGUUGAGGAGAGAUUAGAUGAGUAUCCCCCUUCUUCAGUAGAAAAUAGUGAAAUUUUUGCUCCAAGAUUAAGCGAUUUGAGAAGGCAAGCGGUUCAGGAUCCAACUAUGACUAACAUGAAUGGGCCUGCCAAUUUAACAUUGUGGCCUGAACUUGUGGGAUCAAUUUAA